CGCCCGCCGCUCGACAUGGCCGCCGCGCUGGGGAGGCUCCUGCGGGCCGCGGUGCCCGUCGCUGCCGCCGCCGCCGGGAGGAGGGUGCCGGCGCUGCCCCCGCCCUGCGCCCGCCGCGCCCUGAGCGCCGGCGCCGCGCGGCUCGGCCCCGCCGUGACACAGCACGCCCCGUUCUUCAAGGGAACGGCCGUGGUGAACGGAGAGUUCAAGGAGCUGAGCCUGGAUGAUUUCAAGGGGAAAUACCUGGUUCUCUUCUUCUACCCGCUGGACUUCACCUUUGUCUGCCCCACGGAAAUCGUGGCUUUCAGCAACAAAGCAAAUGAAUUUCGUGAUGUGAACUGUGAAGUGGUGGCAGUUUCGGUGGACUCUCAUUUUUGUCAUCUGGCCUGGAUAAAUACACCACGAAAGAGCGGCGGUCUGGGCAAAAUGAAUAUUCCAGUUCUGUCAGACCUCACCAAACAAAUCUCCCGUGACUAUGGAGUGCUGCUAGAAGGACCUGGCAUAGCACUAAGAGGUCUCUUCAUCAUUGAUCCCAACGGGGUCGUCAAGCACCUGAGCAUCAACGACCUGCCCGUGGGGCGCAGCGUGGAGGAGACCCUGCGGCUGGUGAAGGCAUUCCAGUUCGUGGAAACGCACGGAGAGGUUUGCCCGGCAAACUGGACUCCAGACUCCCCGACGAUCAAACCAAGCCCAGAAGGUUCUAAAGAAUAUUUUGAGAAGGUGCAUACAUAAGCACUUAAAUAUGUGGACAAAGCUCUUAGUUACCAUAAACUGAAGACAUUAGGAAAGCAGCUGUGAUUGUAAAAAUUAAAAAUAAAAGUUCUUAUUUUCUCAUGUUUAUGAAGAAAUUAAAUGCUGAAAUAUCUACUGACUCCCUUGUCUUGCUUUAAACAGAAGGGUAAAAACUAAGGCUCUCCCCCCACUUUGCAGCUUCAGCUUCAUGAAUUUCUGUGACCACUAGUCAUCUUCCUCAAUGUGAUGAAUACACAAAGUACAGUUACCUUACACUGGCUUUUCCUCUUUCCUUAUCUAGCUUUGGACCAGAAAGUGUCCUGCAUUUCCUUUUCUCACAUGACGUUAAGUUCUGUAACAAGGGUUUGAAACAAUAUGGACAAAACAGAAGAUAAAAUUUUGAUGCAUGGUUUGUUUUUAAUGAAUUUUGCAGAGAAGGAGAUGAAUGUAACAAGGUACUAAAUCAUUGGGUUUGUGUAUAAAUGCACUAAAACAUGAAUGUAAAUAUAUGCCAUUUUAAUCCUGCAUAUAGUAAAAAAUGCUGUGCAGCUACACAGGAAGCAUGAAGAACUUUCAUUUGUUUGGGAGAUGGUAAAAACUUGAAACCCCAUAGUGUCCUUAUUGGAGCUUAAUGGCAACUCCUCUCAUUUGAAUUUGCUUGACUCUUAUAUUGCUUGAAACCAAUGUAGCCUAUCUCUAGCUAUAAUAAAAUAAUCUUAACACUGACUAGCA